CCUUAUUGAGUCCCACAUUCUGCCAUUUUCUUUCAUCUUUAGCUAACGUAUCUAGGCUAGGCUAUCCAAAUAAGUUGGAGAAAAUGCCUGUAAUAGUCCAAGAUUACUCGUGGACGCAAUCGGAAACUAUGAUUAAUAUAAGUGUACCCUUGAAAGGAAUGAAACCUGGAAAAGUGGACAUAUUUGCCACAGAUGAAUAUCUUAAGGUCAGUUUCCCACCAUUUUUAUUUGAAGUCUUCCUUUUCAAACCAAUUGAUGAUGACAAAAGCGUCGCAAAAAUCGGAAACGGUGUGGUCAUUUUCAGUUUGCACAAGAAGAAUGAGGGAGUAUGGGAACAGCUUUCGUUGAAAAACGAUGACAAGGAUAAGUUGAAAGAGAUCAGAGAGAGAGCAGUGCUUAAAGCCCAGGAAAAGUCAGAAGCUGACCUAAAAGCCAAAGCCACAAGAAAACAAGAAGAAAAGAAAUAUGCUCUGGAGAGUAUGAUGAAGCUGGAAGAUGAAGAGAGGGCAAGAAUUAAGAGGAUUAAGGAAGAGGAGCGCGAGAAAGUGACAGUGGAGAUGGAGGCUUGGAAAAUUAAACAGAAACAAGAGGUAGAAAAAGAGACGGCACAACGGAUGCAAAUGAUCAUGGAUGAAGAACACAAGCAGACGAAGUCAGAUGCAACAUCUGUAUCCAGGUCUGCAGAACACAAAGCCAAGGUCAAACAAGGUUGCCAAAACAAGUCCAUUAAGCCAAAACAGGUGACUUUGCCAGCUCCAAGAUGCUCUGGCAAUAUUAAAGUAAAGUUCACUCCACGAGUGUUUCCCACAGCACUGCGAGAAUCCAGGGUAGCCGAAGAAGAGGAGUGGCUUAAAAAGCAGGCUGAGGCCAGGAGAGCUAGCAGUACGGAUGCACCAGAGUUCAGUGACCUGAAGGAAGAGGAAAGGAACCCUGACUGGCUGAAGGAGAAGGGAAACAAACUGUUUGCAACUGGUAACUAUCUGGCCGCUGUCAGUGCCUAUAAUCUGGCCAUACAGCUCAACAGAAACAUUCCUGCCCUGUACUCCAACCGUGCUGCCUGUCAUCUCAAAUUGAGAAAUCUACAUAAAGCCGUAGAAGACUCCUCUAAGGCGCUUACACUACUGAUGCCAGCAGUUCCUGAUAAUGCAGCGGCCAGACUGAAAGCUCACCUGAGACGAGGCACUGCCUUCUGUGAGCUGGAACUUUACGCUGAAGGUCUUCAGGAUUACCAGUCAGCUCUGAAGAUUGACCCUCACAAUGAAGCCGUUCAAGCAGAUGCAGAAAAGAUCAGGCAAAUCAUUCAGGGAAGCCUGGCUGGUCCCUCUGAUUUCCAAGAGGAGCAUGUCAGGCAUUGAACUGAACCAUUAUUUGCAUUAACUAAUUAAAAGUACUUUAUUGUGACUGUAAA